ACGUGGUACUUGAAGUUGAAUAAAAACAUGGAGGAUGGAGUGGAUCAAAGAGGCUGCUGUAUUUUUGUGUUCUGAUUUAUCCAAAUAUUACUACUGUUAGUUUGGCUAGCUCGUUGCCUUUCUUGGGAAGAAUUUAAGCAAUAUAUUGUCUCUAGUGACAGGUUCUAGAACUCAGUGACGGUGUUUUAGGCGGCUCGAGGAGGAGCAGCAGCAGCAGCGAUGGAGUGGUUCGGGACUAUAAACUUCCCCAUGUUACCAGACGAAGAAGAGAGCUGCAGUGCCUCUGCCUCUGCCUCUUCUGUACCAAGUAACGGUAGCUUUUACCGCACUUCACUGCAGGGUGGUGUCGUUGAAGAGGGCAUGGCAUUAAGUAUGGCGUCUGCAUCAGCAGACAGUAUGGCGUCCCUGUGCCAGAGCCAGCAGCAGUGUGUGAAGGCCUCCAUCGUGUCCAGCUGGCAGCUGGUGGAGGCUCAGGACCAGCUGUGUGGGCUGGAGCUACACGGCUCUGAGAGUGUUGAGCAGGAGCGUGCCCGCGCCAUUGCCAGCCAAUCAGAGCUCUCCCAGACGGAACAAGAGUGGCUCCGGAAGGAGAGCAUGCUGGGUGGCAGCAGAAGCCCUGUGCUCAGUGCUGACAGCAGCCGGGACGUGUUUGACAAGAGUAUUAUUAAUGCAAAAAGUAAAAACGUUGAAUUGGAAGAUCACGACAAGAGCAAAACAUUUGUUCAGAAGUAUGAACAAGAAUUUAGACAUUUCGGCAUGUUGCGGAGGUGGGAUGACAGCCAGCGCUUCCUGUCUGACCUGCCUCACCUCAUCUGUGAGGAGACAGCCAACUACCUGAUCCUCUGGUGCUUCAGACUACAGGCUGAAGAGAAAGAGGCGUUGAUGGAGCAGGUAGCUCACCAGGCUGUUGUUAUGCAGUUUAUCUUGGAGAUGGCCAGCACCUCCCAGCAGGACCCCAGAGGCUGCUUCCGUCAGUUCUUCCACAAAGCCAAAGCAGGACAAGAGGGGUACUUAGAUGUCUUCCAUACUGAGCUAGAGGCCUUUAAGCAGAGAGUAAAAGAGUACACUGUCAAGUCCAAAGGAGAGACACUCCCUAACGAUACAGAGCACCAGAGCAGCACAGCACGCUGUCGUCUGGACCCCAAAGAAGUUCUAGAAUCUUUACCCCCUGAACUGAAGUCGGGGUUCCAGCUGCAAGACAUGCAGAUUCUCCAGAAUGUUCUCGGCACCAUGAAUCCACAGGUGGCAGAGUACCAUGUGAAGCGCUGUCUGGAGGCUGGCUUGUGGACUAACAGAGAAGGGAGAUGGUCCAAGGAGGACACUACUGUAGAAACAGACGAGCUGCGCAUGAUGGAGACAUAACGAAUGUGGUGCAAGAGCCCUCCUUCUCCCCAUCAUCUCCCUUCUAGGAGUUAAUGACACUCUCCAAUAGAAAUAUUACAAAAUGGAGGACAAAGGGCUGAGCUCCCACAGAGACGUAUUUUUGUAUGCUGCAGAAUCUGCGCUGGAAUGUGUCCUGCACUUUGUUCAAAACAAAAAAAUAUUUAAGAGGAGACGAUUGGUAGGUAUUUUGAGGCACUUACUGUACCUUUGCUUAUAUCGCUAAAGUAAAUCUUCUGUCAUAUCUUGAUUGUUUUAGCAGAGUGAAACUGGCUUUGGAAUCUUUACACAGGAAUUUAGAAGAGCUACUUCAGAAACCUUUGAGGAUUUGUUUUUAUUUUUUAUUCUUGUUUAUCAAGCGUUAAGAGUGUGAAGGGAGUUAACGUUUUUCAUCUACAGUAGGUUUCACUGGACUCCCAACACAGUCCUUCCCGAGUAGGAGGGGGAAAACCUGAGCAUUAUAAUAAAACCCGCUCUUGUUGUAAAUAAAAGUACACAUUGUUUUUGAAUUGAAGAAACAAAAGGCCUGUUCCUGGACUCAUGGUUCUGCAGUGGGCAUCUCCAACAUGCUGUCUAAAACUGCUAUGACACUAGCGUAUGUGGUGAAAACUUUAAUAGAAACUGUGCUCAGUGCUCAUUUCAACUCCUGUGUGUGUCCAGUUUGUCAUCAGUAGGCCAACGUUGAAUGCUAAUAUACUACCAUGGUGUAGCUAUGAUGACUUAACUAUGCAAAGUGAUCAGUUGGCUGUUGUACUGAAUGAUAUUGUUUUUGUUACUGCUUGUCACUUAACCUCAACCAACAACCGACCCUCCAAAAAUGUGUCCGCCUUUCUAUGUCCAUCACAGAAUAAGCUUCUCAACAUGUGUAUAGCUGCUAAACCUUCUCACAGAAUUGAUUGUGAAAUAGAAACAAACUGUAAAACUUUCUGGCUGACAUAACGUGAUCACAUCCUGGACUCCGCUUCAGUGCUCUGUUUGAAAUAGAACAGCUUUAAAACAACUAUGUGCAGGGGAAAUGGUUUUAAUACCUUAGGCCUACCAGCCAUAUUAGGUACUUAGACGCUCUGCAAAAGUCUAAUAAAGUAAGCAUAAAUGGAAA